CGGAGUCCUGUGAGAAAAAGCCGUAGUAGUUGCACUGUUACCUGAGAGCAAAUAAAAGGUAUUUGCCGCUAAAUGUAUGCACAAAAAUCGUUCACAAUUAAUGAAUAUACAUAUUUUCAUCGGAAAUGGUUUACUUUGUUUUAAUUUGACUUCUUUCCUUGAAUUUUUGCUUUUCAAUAAACAUUUCAAGCAGGCGUUUACGAUAGACGCACAUAAACAAUACGACACUAUACUUAACUGUCGAGGCGAAGAGCGCCAUUUUGGCUCAAACAAAGUCAGAAACAUUUUUAUCUUCGAUUAAGUAUUUUAAACUCUAUCCAUAAAAUACGAUGUUAAAGUCAGCAGGACAGCACUCCGGUUUCCACGAGUUAACAUUUAAAGCUAAUGUAACUUUUUCUCGUUUUUACACCACGUAAGUAGUUAGCUAAAAGUAAUUAUUAAAAUCCCCAGCCAAGCUAUCUUUUACGUUUGCUAAAUUUAGCUUUGCUGUUUGUUUUAACCUCUGCGAUGGGUGGCUGCUCUGCUCCAAACUGCUCCAAUUCAACCAGCAUAGGCAAACAGCUGUUCAGGUUCCCCAAAGACCCUCUCCGUAAGAAGAAAUGGGUGGUGAACUGUCGACGUGACUUUGAACCAACUCCUCACUCCAGACUCUGUCAGGACCAUUUUGAGCAGAGCCAGUUUGAGGAGAUAGCGAGGUCUCCAGCCGGGGGAAAGAAGCUGAAGCCCAAUGCCAUCCCCACUCUGUUCAGUAUUGGAGAUCCCUCCUUACCAGCAGUCACUACUCCAUACAUCUGGCUGCCAAUGAAACCUGAACCAGUGGAGAAGGAGCUGAAUUUUGGGGACCAUGGCUAUGCCAGACGCACACCGCUGCCCGGCCUCGAGGAGGAGGAUGCAGACAGGAUUGCAGAGGACCAGCAGCCCUGCACACAGUGUCACCUCCUCAAGAAACAGCUGGAGCAGGAGAUGCAGCACACUGCAAGGCUACAGAAGGAGGCGGAGGAGAUGAAGAAGCGCCUGUAUCGGCUCGACCGGAUCGAGAAGGGUCUCCAGAAUUUUCUGUACGAGGACCAGAUCCGUGCACUGUCGCUCACCAAACGCUCCCGGCGCGCCGUCUGGUCUCCGGAGACCAUCCUGAAGGCCCGGAUGAUCCGCUGUGCUGUUGGCACAAAAGGCUACGAGUACCUGAGAGAGCUGGGAUACCCUUUGCCCUCCUACAGGACUCUAUGUAACCGCCUGGAAACUAAGAUCAUGGUGACGACUGACAUGAGCUGCGAGGAGCUGGCAGAGCUGGGCAUGGGGCUCAUGGCCUCCUGCAACAGUCCCACAGAAGGUGUCGGGGACAAUGACGAGGAGGAACUCAUAGGUGUUUUGUCCUAAUCGUCGCAGUUUGCACGACUCGCUGACUCUAACCGAGAGAAGAAUGUGCAGCAUCUGCCGUGUUUGCGGAUGUGACCCCAAGUAACAGAAGAUGGGCACAUUGUGCUUCUUAUCUCAUCUAUGAAAGACUUAAGCGUCAAUAUAAAUGUAUGCUUCGCUCGACAGAUUGUGAGCCGACACGUUUGAAUGGUCACCGGGCAGGGAUCUGCUCCACUAAGACAUUCUUUGCUCAACUCGUGCGAGAUGCUGGGGCUUGCAGUUAGCCGAGGGUUAUGCUUACGGUGUUUCUCACCAUGAAGAUGCUGAGCUACAGUACGUGCUGCAGCGUGUGGGGAGAUGUACGAUGUAGUCUGUGACUAAGAAGUAGGCAUGGGACGAUGUUACAGCUGCAACAACUAGUCGACUAAUCAAUUAAGAGAAUGAAAGAAAAAUAAACGGUAUCUAUUUUGAUAACCGUUAAGCAUAGUUUUCAGCCGCUUUGCAUCAUAUUAAUCAAGUGAAUAUCUUUGGGUUUCAGACCUUUAAAGACAUCACCUUGGACUUUGAGAAACUGGGGUGGACUUUUAUUUCACUAUUUUCUGACAUUUUAUAGACAAAUAGCUGAAUCUGCACAUUAAUCAAUAUUGAGAAUAAUCCCUAGUUGCAGCCCAGACGGUACGAAACUUUCAUGUUACGGUUAUCUUGGCCAACAUAAUUGGGAAUCAAGAUAUUAUCCCAAAAAUCGUGGAAAUAUGCUUAAAAUUCUUACACUACACUAAAACAUACUGGAAUCACUUGACCUUACAUUUAGUUAAGAAACAAAUAGUUUUAUUGCAUCACAGAUGGGACUUGCAUCUUUUAUAAAAAAAAAAAGAAAAACAAACAAUCUUAAAUAAGGUCAUAAAUCACAAGUCUACUGGCAUAAACAUUAACAGCAUUGUGUGAGUCUGUUCUUUCUUACAUGGUAAUUCUUGUUGUUUUUAAAUCCGGCUCUAUUACUACACUUCUCUAACACUACAGCAAACAAGACAGAUUUUUAAAAGGUCUCUCACCAUUAUUCAAUAAUGGAAAUUCCCCACGAUCAACUUAUUGUGAGUUGUGUUUUUUUAAUCUUAUAUCGUCCCAUCCCUACGAAGAAGACUAUCAUGGAGUGUGUGAUUGUGUGGAAAGUGUCGACAUAAUUGGCACAUAGCCUGUUGACUUUGUUUAACUGACGUUUACAUGCACAAUAAAAGCCUGGUAUGAUUCAGGAUACUCAAAUGUUCUGAGAGCAGAUAUAAACUCAUCCUGGUUUAGUAACUCGAGUAUUCCAAUAUUAGGACUAAUACAUGUAAAUAUGUGCACUAUAAACUGCAAGCUUUAUGUUUUUUGGUUAGAAGUCACCCAAAGUGUGUGUGUGUGUGUGUGUGUGUGUGUGUGUGUGUCCAAAUCAUUUAAAUGCUGUCGACAAAAUGUGUGUUGAUAUCCUUAACUCGUGUAUCUGAGCUAACCUUUGCUGUUUAUCAGUAAUACAUUAUAGAGACUUAGAGGUGUGCAUAGUCAAAGGAAAUAAAAGUCAACCCUCCAUUAGUAAAUAAGUAGCGGUAGUUUUAUUCAAUAGGUUGUACAUUUCUUGAAGUGUUUGUGAAGACUUGCAGUGCAGUUGUAGUUACUGCACAGGGUAUCAAAAAAAAGAAGCUCAGGCUUGUCACAUGACAUUCAAUAUCCAAAACAACACUGGCACUGUGAGAAAAUAAAGUGAUUGUAAAGAA